CUGGAGCGAGGGCCAGGCGGAGACGGCGAGGGUGGGGGGAGGUCAGGGCGAGGAAGAAGGGGUGAGCAGGCGUGAAAGGCACCCGCAGGCUGACCCAGAGCCGGACCCGCAGACGCCAGAGGGGCAGAGACGCAGAGCCAGGGAGGCUCCCCCGGACGCAGGGGGAGACCGAGGCAGACCUGCCCAGCGAGCGCUGGACCUCGGACCUGUGGGGCGCAGCGGGCUUGAGUGGGCCGGUCAGCCCGUGGGGAGCCCAGGCAAGGGGGGGCCCUGACACCAGGCCACCCUGCGAUGGAGCUCAGGGACCCCAAGAGCCAUGAGGAUGGGGACCCAGACCCAGAGGAGGACACCGCCGCGGCCCUGCAGCGGCUCGUGGAGCUGACAGCCCCCCGCGUGGCCACAGAGAGGAACCUGCGCGCCCGGUAUCGCCUCCUCCGAAAGCUUGGCUCGGGCUCCUACGGCCGCGUCCUGCUCGCUCAGCCUCGCCAGGGGGGUCCGGCCGUGGCUCUGAAGCUGCUACGCAGGGACUCGGUCCUGAGGAGCACGUUCCUGAGGGAGUUCUGCGUGGGCCGCUGCGUCUCCGCGCACCCGGGCCUGCUCCAGACCCUGGCGGGGCCCCUGCAGACCCCCCGGCACUUUGCCUUCGCCCAGGAGUACGCGCCCUGCGGGGACCUCAGCGGGAUACUGCAGGAGCGGGGCCUCCCGGAGCUGCUGGUGAAGCGGGUGAUGGCCCAGCUGGCCGGCGCCCUGGACUUCCUGCAUAGCCGGGGGCUGGUCCACGCAGACGUGAAGCCAGACAACGUGCUGGUCUUCGACCCCGACUGCAGCCGCGUGGCCCUGGGAGACCUGGGCCUGACGCGGCCGGAGGGCAGCCCGACCCCGCCCCCGCCGGGGCCGCUGCCCUCGGCCCCGCCGGAGCUCUGUCUCCUGCUGCCACCCGAUACGCUGCCCCUGCGGCCGUCCUUGGACUCCUGGGGCCUGGGGGUGCUUCUCUUCUGCGCCGCCACGGCCUGUUUCCCUUGGGACGUGGCCCUGGCCUCCGACCCUGAGUUCGAGGCCUUCGCCGGCUGGAUGACCACCAGGCCCCGGCCGCCUCAGCCGCCGCCCCCCUGGGGCCAGUUUGCGCCCCCGGCCCUGGCCCUGCUGCAGGGGCUUCUGGACCUGGACCCUGAGACGAGGGGCUCCCCGCUGGCUGUCCUGGACUUCCUGGGGGACUGCUGGGGGCUGCAGGGGGACAGGGGGGCACCUGGGGGCUCAGGGAGUGUGGCCGGCAAGGACGAGGAGGAGGAGGAGGGGGGGUCAAGCCUGGAGGAGUGGACGGAGGAAGAGCAGGAGGAAGAGGAGGAGGAGGAGGAGGGGCACCAAGGUGGCGGGAGGAUGGGGACAGAUGGGGGAACUCCCAGACCAGGUGACUGAGACAGGUGGCCGGAGCCUGAGCCAAAGGCCCCUCCCCCGGCCUCCAUGGCCACCUGGAUGGAGAGACAGCUGCUCGGGCGAGGACGGGGAGGGGACACAUUGCGUCUCUCCCUGCUGGAGGCUGGACUUGGGUGCACUAGUCCCCUCCCCGCUGAGGCCCUGGGGGCCCGGGACCCUCGUCCCCUCCUCUCUCAGACCCAGGGGUCCAGGCCCCCAGCCCCUCCUCCCUCGAGCACCCUGCCUUUUCCUUCUGUCCUGAAUGUGUCUGCUUGAACCAAGGCGCUGCUUCCCCUGUAGAGGCGUUUCUGCGCUGCGGGGACGCGCUGAAUGUGGGGACGGAAGAGUUCCGAGGAGGUCCCUCCUCCCCUCUAAGACCUCGCAUGACUCCCACUGUUCACGGCACCAAAUCUGGGCUUGCAGGGUCCGACGCCACGGAAACCUCAACCUCCGCUCGCCUCUCCCGCGCCUCCAGUCCUGCGGGGGCCCGAGCCUGCCCGCACACACAAGGGCACGCGUGCACGCACACGCGCAGCUUCCCGCGCCCGCGGGGCUCCUGCCUCCAGAAGCGCCCGCCGGCGCCCUCUGCGGCCCCGCCGGGAACUGCACCCGAGCGCCGGCCGGGCCUCCGUUCUCUCCGGGCUCCGCUCAGGUGCUCCGGACCUGGACUCGGUCUCCCGUCCCUACGCCCGCUCGCUCCGGCCCCCACACUGACAGCGCAGAGCGCGUGGCGGGUGGCCGCCCCGGCUCAGGGCCAGGCUGGCUUGGAUGGAUCUCCAGCCACCGGCGGCACCCAACACGGCCGUCCUGCCGCGUGCGGAGGGCGCUGGCGGGGACUGUGCUUCCUCCUGGGACACUGCCCUGAGUGCUUUUGUUUAAAAAAAGAAAGAAAGAAAGAAAGUGCGUUCACUCAGCGCAAUGCGCGUCCUGGGUUGAACCCUGGGGCAGAACGAGGUUGUUGGCAGACACACCCGGGAGAUAAGACGCGUUUGAUGGUGAACUUCUGAGCUCGGACACAGGCGCCCUUGGCUGACAGUCCCUGGCCCCGCGCGGGGGUGGGCCAAGGGGCGCGGGAGUGCUCCGCGCAACUGUUCUCAAGAUCUCAAGUUAUUCCAAAGUAAAAGCUGAUUGAAAAAGAA